AUGGGCCUCCACAACACGAAGCCCGGCGAAGAGGACACCGAGACGGGCCUGAAGCGAAGCGACGCGCGGCUGCUUCGUUAUACGUGGCACUGCUACUGCAUGGAGAACCACGACCACGCAGUCACCAUCUUGGUAGCGCUCUUCAUCAAGUCAUCCGAGAUCCUGCAGCUGUUCCCGCGGUUUUGCGACAAGCCGCUCGGCAUGCUGUGCGACGACCCGCAGUUCCGCGCGCACGCCAUUUCCGUGAGCUUCCAGCUGACCUCCGUAGUGGAUUACGCCGACGACGCCGUUCUCCUGGAGGCACUGCUCCGCAAGAACGCCGUGGCGCACGCUGAGCGCCGGGGUGUAAUGCCGGAACACUUCCGCAUCUUCGGCGAAGCAGUCGUGGAGGUUCUGCAAGCCAGGGACGAAAAGCUGAUGACGCCGGCUGCCGUACAAGCGUGGGGGAAGCUCUUCGAUGUGAGUGAUGUCGUAUGA